AGAAGCGGUUUUGCUGGCAAAGGAAUUGGAUUUUCAUCUGGCGCUCUUUGGAAGGAGCAGCGAACAGUCGCAAUAUCUAUUCUGAGAAAGUUUGGAAUGGGUAAGAACUUUCUGGCAGAGAAGAUCCAGGAAGAGGUGGACGCCUACCUGAAAUGCCUGGCGCAGAGAAAAGGAAAGCCUACCAACAUUCGAACAAUAACAAAUGUAAGCGUAUCUAACAUCAUCUGUGCCAUAAUUCUUGGUCGUAGGUUCGAGCAUGACGAUAAAGCAUUUGUCAGUUUAAUGGACCAUCUGAAUGACAUCGUGUUGUACCAACAAAACGUGGGUGUACUCAACUUUAUCCCCUGGCUAAUGUACCUACCCGGGGACCUAUUUAAAGCCAAAGCAGUUAUUCGCAGUACUAACUCGAUCAUCAAUUUGCUUACCAAAUUUAUAAACUCCAAAAGAAGGGAUGAUAUUGAUUCUGACAAUGUUGAUAAUUAUAUAGAAGCGUAUCUGGUUGAGAGAAACAAAAAAGUGAACGCUGGCGUGUCGACAUACUUGGACGACGCCAAUUUGAUAAAAUCUAUCAAUGAUCUAUUUGGAGCCGGAACCGAGACCAUGAGUACAACCAUCUGUUGGUUUGUUCUCUACAUGUUGAAUUUUCCAGAUGUACAAGAGAAAAUUUACCAAGAGAUCAAGGAACAAAUAGGUUUGAACCGUCAACCCAACAUACAAGACAGACCUGUAUUGCCUUACCUAAAUGCCGCCAUUAUGGAAACCUCGCGACUGGCCAGUAUUGUCCCACUUUCACUGAUGCACACUUGUUCAGAGGAGGUGACACUUAGAGGCUACACCAUUCCCAAGGGAACAUUCAUUGUUCCUAAUCUGGACUCAGUUUUACUGGACAAAACCAUCUGGGGUGAGGAUGUCUUGACGUUCAGACCUGAGCGGUUCCUGGACGCCAACGGUAAAGUGAAAGAUCGAGAAGAGCUCAUCCCUUUUGGCAUUGGACGUCGUGCUUGCCUCGGUGAGGCGCUGGCUCAAAUGGAACUGUUUUUGUUCCUUUCAAACAUGUGCCAGCGGUUUCAGUUUCUGCCACAGGCCAAGGUCCCCCCGAAGUAUACAGAUUAUGUUUUCGGAUUCACGUCUUCACCACAUCCCUAUGAAGUGAGGAUUGUAGAAAGACAUACUGCCUAA